AUGAACCAGCGCACUUAUAUUGGUCCAAGUUUUUUGGAGUUGGCCAAAGGGGCUGUGGACACAUUUCUGAAGUUCCGAGCUCGUGAUCCUUCUGCCAGGGCGCUGGACAGAUAUAUGCUGUUGACUUUCGAAGAUCCACCAAAGCAUAUCAAGGCUGGAUGGAGGGAGAGCCAAACUACUUUCAUGGAAGAAUUGAGGAACCUCAGGGCGACCGGUCUGACCAACACCGGCGCGGCUCUUGGCAAUGCGCUACACCUGCUGAAUGUGAACCGCCUGCAGAGUGGUAUUGACAAUUUCGGCAAUGGUCGCUACCCGUGCUAUUUGGAACCGGCCGUAAUUUUACUGAUCACUUGCGGCAGUUCUAUGACUUCCGGGAGCGACGUAAUAAGAGAGUUAGAAAUUCCGAAGUCACCGCUUCCUGGCAGUGAGUUGGUGGAUGAACCAUUUCGAUGGGACCAUCGGAUAUUUGCGCUGGUCCUACGUAUUGCCGGACAUCCUCCAAAGGUGUUUCCAACCAGUAGCAUUGUGCCAUCAGACAUUAGCCCAGUUGAUGCUAUGUGUGAAGUAACUGGAGGCAAGAAACUGGCGCUUUUUCAUAUUCUCUGUCGAAAGAGUCACAUCACUCGUUUAGGUCGCUCGUACUGCAUUUCGUCCCAACGUAUGCUGAUUCAGUGUUUGGAGUCGUUGGUGCAGAAGGUGCAGAGCGGCGUUGUUCUUUACCUGGAGAAAAUUGGCCCUGAUCCACCUGGCGUCGCAACUGAUGAAGCAGCCGGCUGCGCGCAAGGAACGCACAGGUCUACUGUCGUUGUCGCCAGUGACUCGAGGCCGAGCAGUCCUUCACCUUCGGAACCAGCAUGGUACAAGACAAGGAGAAUGAUCUACGUUCCUCGCGUAGGAUCUAGGGGAUAUGUGAUGAGUCACUGGCCAAUUCCGGAGCCGUUCAGACCGGAACCUGCUGGUUCAACGCUGCCCACACGGACGGCACAGCCGCACAUAAUGUUUAGGUGCUAUCCGUGCGAUCCGUUAGUUUUACCAGAUUUUCCAUUUGACAAGUACGAACUGGAACCGUCACCCUUGACGCAGUUCAUCCUUGAGAUGAAGCAACCGUCCGUUUGCUGGCAGGUUUUCGUUUGUAAAAGUUGCGUGAUAUCUGAACUGGGUGCACCUUUCGGUUAUAUGAAAGCAUCUUCCAGUCUUUCAUGCGUUAACCUUUUCAUCAUGCCUUACAAUUACCCACAUCUUUUUCAGCUGUUAGAGGAACUUCGCAAAAGUUUAAGCUGUAAACCAACGCAGUCUUGGAGGAUGAAAUUUGAGCAGUACCUGAAGUUGUUGCCACCGUACUACUUCCAGCCACUUAGAAAAGCACUGCUGCGAAUGGGCCUGGGGCGGGUGAUGCCGGAUGCAUGCGAAAACUAUCUCAGCUAUACUGUUUUGUCGUACAUCAGCAAGAUAAAGCAGCUGGCACAGGAAGAGUUCACGAAAAUCUGUCAGUCAGUUACCCAGUCUCGACCUCAUCCGGAGGCUAGAAAGCUGAUACAGAGUUUUCAAAGACCUUCCGUUUCGUCGAGCCGAACGAAGACUGAUGUGCAAAAAUCGUCUAAAUCUCUUGACGAUUCAGGCAAGACUUCGAAAUUUCACCCUGGCGAGUUUGCUAAUUUCCGAAUUCCUCUGCCCCCAUCCUCACCACCUAAGCCGGCUACUAGCAAUGGUAUUUUGCGUUGGAACGUCAGUCUGCUUGACACUUCUGAUAGGGACAUUCUGAAAGUGGUUUCACGAGCGAGGAAGAUCUUCGUUCUUCUUCAGGGCAGGAACGUGUCCAACGUACUUGGGCUGCGUCCAGUGCAUGCUGGCUCUGACGAAUUGCAUGAUUUGCCUGUGGCGGAGAUGGGUAAUUACCAGGAGUACUUGAAGCAGAUGCCACCACCUUUGCGAGAUAUCGAACCACCUCCUGUCAGGCAGCACGCGUUUGGAAACCCGUUCAAAGUGGACAAGGCAAGAUUUCAUACCGUUUCAAUAUUUUUGCAGAACAUAGUCGUCGGCGCGGCAGUUUUGGACCGUGGAAGCAAACCUUAG